CUUGUGGGUGUGACUUUACACCGCGGCGUGUUAAAGUAUUCACAGAGCCUACUGUUUCUGAUUCUUUCGAGGGACCGGUUUGCACAGAUUCGUCAAUAAAAGGGCGGCGCUCAAAGUGGAUUUGUCUUAGUACUGAUAAUAACCCGGGCUCUUCCUUCGAAUUGACCUGUACUUUAAAAAAAUAUAUAUAAUCUAUGUAAUUGGAUAAAUCCAAUUUCUACCACACCAGGAGACCAUACCGUUUACAAGACUCGUGUAGCAUUGAUGAUUGUUUUAAAGUUAAAAUCUUGCUUCAAACACUGAACUUGCUGUAAGUUUUGUGCAUAGUUGUAUGUCGUUACAAAUAUUUGUUAUUUGUUUUUUGAAAGGAAGACUAACUGCAACGGAACAGAAGUGUAUACAUAAAGGUUGUUUGCCUUUUCAGCAAGUUUGAGUACAAUUAAUAUUGUUGUGAAAAACAACUUUUUUAUGGUUUGGGAAUGAGACGUGCUUAAACUGGAAUUACACGGACAAUGCUAAUAUGUACGGAAGGAAGAACCGAACAAAACUAUUUAUUCUCGCAGCGUUUGUGAUUGGGUAUAUAAUCUUUCACAGGAAUACUGUCAAUGACUUGGAGGAUGCUGCUGCUAAGAGGGAUGUAAAUGAUAAAGAACAUUUGGUUCAAGUAGACGAACUCGAGAGAUUGAAAAAACCGGUGUACGAAAAACCUCCACUGGACCUUAAUAACCUGGGUGAGAUGGGGACAGCUGUAAAACUGAACUUGGAAGGACAGGAAAAAAAGAAAGAGGAGGAGAGCAUUAAAAAGCAUCAGAUUAAUAUUUAUGUAAGCGAAAAGAUAUCUCUGCACCGCAGGUUGCCAGAGAGAUGGAACCCCCUGUGCAAACAGAUACAGUAUGAUUAUCGCAGUCUGCCAACUACAUCUGUUGUAAUAGCAUUUUACAAUGAAGCCUGGUCCACUCUGCUACGCACUGUGCACAGUGUGCUGGAGACCUCUCCAGAUAUCCUGCUCAGAGAAGUCAUCCUGGUCGAUGACUACAGUGAUAGAGAACAUUUAAAGCAGCCGCUAGAAGACUACGUUUCUUCCCUGAGGAAAGUCCGUCUGGUUCGGGCAAGGAAGAGAGAAGGGCUGGUCAGAGCUCGGUUGCUAGGCUCUUCGAUAGCAACGGGAGAUGUGUUGACGUUUCUAGACUGUCACUGUGAGUGUCACGAAGGCUGGUUGGAGCCACUGCUUGAAAGAAUAAAGGAAAGGGAGACGGCAGUGGUGUGUCCAGUGAUCGAUGUGAUUGACUGGAAUACCUUCCAGUACCUGGGGAACUCUGGGGAGCCCCAGAUUGGAGGGUUUGACUGGAGUCUGGUCUUCACUUGGCAUAUGGUCCCAGAACUUGAGCAGAAGCUAAGAAGAUCACCCACUGAUGUCAUCAGGUCUCCUACUAUGGCUGGAGGCUUGUUUGCCGUCAGCAAGAUGUAUUUUGAGUAUCUGGGUACCUACGACACAGGAAUGGAAGUUUGGGGAGGAGAGAACCUGGAAUUCUCCUUCAGGAUCUGGCAGUGUGGCGGAAGCUUGGAGAUCCAUCCUUGUUCUCAUGUGGGCCAUGUGUUCCCCAGACAAGCCCCCUAUUCCCGGAGCAAGGCUUUGGCUAACAGUAUCCGUGCUGCAGAGGUGUGGAUGGGUUCCUAUAAAGAGCUCUAUUACCACAGGAACCCCCACGCCCGCCUGGAGGUAUUCGGGGAUGUAUCCGAGAGAAUAAAACUCAAAGAGAAACUUGGAUGUAAAGAUUUUAAGUGGUACUUAGAAAAUAUUUACCCAGAUAUCCAUGUCCCAGAAGACCGACCAGGAAUGUUUGGCAUGCUUCAGAACAAAGGGAUGGUCAACUAUUGUUUUGACUAUAACCCACCUGAUAAUUACAACCUUGCUGGUCGGAGAGUUGUCCUGUAUCACUGUCACGGCAUGGGGCAGAACCAGUUCUUUGAAUACUCGACUUACAACGAGAUCCGGUACAACGUACGCAUGCCAGCCGGCUGUAUUGCAGUGAAUUCUGGGACAGAUUACUUGACAAUGCAACUGUGCAGAAGAGCUCAGCAGGCUGUCCCUGAGGAUCAGAAGUUUAUCUUCAGAGAGGAUAGCACUUUAUACCACGUCCAGACUAAGAAGUGUGUGCAAGCUGUCAAUAAGUCAUACAAUGGUAGACCGUCUCCUGUGCUGCAGCCCUGCACGGAUUCCAACUUACAGAAGUGGUUUUUCCAGGAGAGAAAAUAACAAGGACUCCUCUUGCAAACAAAUGUUAUGAUAGUGUCACCAAGGUAAAAAAACACUGUUCAUGUUCUAAAUAAUGCUAUUUGAUUUGUAAUAUGGGGCUCACAGUAUUUGAACCCAGAGUACACGUGAGAAUGUGGAUAAAACACCCAAUGGCAGUAUAUUUAGUUUUGCUAAAAGAAACCGCUACCGUUUUGAACUAAACUGAGUUGUAAUUUGUUCAUCUGUUCAGAUGUUUCCAAUUCAAAAAAUUUGACCGUUUUUUAAUUCACAUUUUUCCACUUCCACUUAAUAUGUUGUUAUAUUGGCACAGUAAUAAUACAGAGUAGUUGGUCAGCCAGUUGAAGAGUCGUGACUUGAACUGUGUAUACAAUUGCGUGUCACCAAAAGAUAUUCCUUAAUAAAUAGCAAGUGAAUUAAAUCCCUCCUGGGUAAACAGAACCAGCACCUACUCCUGGGGGUGUUCACUGUACUGUUUCACAUCUGUCUGCAUCCCCAUGUUUACAGUACAGAUCAGUUAGCAGAGUGCAUUUCUGCCCUCCCUGUGUAUUUCUACACAGCUCUUUUUUAUUACCAUCCUGAUCAAUGUAUUGUGCUUACAAAUGUGUAUGUUUAGCUUGUUUGUUUGUUUAAAGCAGGGAGCCGUGUCCUUUUACACUCUGAUUAUCCUGCAAAAGGAAGGUGUUGCUGUGCAGCCUGCUGAAUUAGUAAAGGGAUAUGGAGUGUUUAUCUUCAGCAGAGCUAGUUCUGCUAGUUAUAUUGAUAGCAGUUCAGCUUUAGUUAACUGAUUUUGGGGUUGGCAGUGGGGAAUGGGUUAUAAUAGUCUCACACUAAUCUCCAGCAAUGUCAACAGCUGUCAAUGUCGGGAAUCGUAGUGGAGCAAAUCUUAUGGAAAAUGCCUUUUGAAAGAGUUAAAUCUCUGAAAAUAUUCUGUGCUGUCCAGCACCUGUCACGGACACUUCUAAUUUGUACAACUAAUUUGUGUGAACUUUAUUAUAUCUACUUGCUACUGUACUGGGUACAUUUUCCAUUUGGGUUCCACCAUUAGAACGUUCGGCACCAUUUGUGUUUUCCUGCUGUUUUAAGGAACAGUUCACAUUGAAAGCAUUUGGUUAAAAAAGAACAAACAUUGGGCUCCAGUAUGUCAUUUUCUGAUGAACUCUGUUGAAUAUUCAUCUUUUUUUCCUUCCCUUAUGUUGUGUUGGUACUGUUAUUUUUUUGGGCAGGUAAUGCACACCAAUUGGACCUAAAUGAUCCAGAUAAACAUAUAGUUGCUGUUAUACUACACACUAUUGAACUGUGACUGAAAGUACUAUAAUUGCACUUUUCAGGUCUCCAGUAAUCUUAACCCAGGGGUCUCUAACCCUGGUCCUAGAGAGCUACAGGGUCUUCUAGUUUUCAUUCCAACCAAUUUCUCAAUUACUAAUUGAGCCAGUUAAUUAGAUUAACAUGUUCCAGAUCUUUAGCCACAUAUAAAACCUGCAGGGUUGGGGCUUUCCAGGACCAGGGUUGGAAACCCCUGUCUUCACCUUAUCCCUAUUCUGUGACAUCACAGACCCCAGCUGACCCCUACUGAAUACAAACACUGGAGGUUCUCAGUAGGUUUGUUUAAGCAGAAUGGAAGCUUGAACACCUGAACGAGGAGUUAUUUCAGCCACAGGUUGAUGAUGAUGAGGAUGAAAGUAACAGUAAUAAUAAUUUGAGUAAUGUAUCCUUUUUUGUAGUGGUGUCUGGUCGGAAUGGUGUGGAAUAAUCACCAGAUGUACCAAUGCAGCAAUCUGAUGUGUUUUGCAUUUAUGAAUUGUAUUAUACUAUACUGUCAAAUCAUAGUUUUCAUAGGACAUUUCCACUUGUCAUCUGAUCAGUUAAAAGGGAUAGAGGCACAAGGUGGUAAAGAAAUUACAUCUAUUAAAUUUCAUAAAUGUGCCUAAAAAAACACAUAAAGGGGAUAUAAUACAGUCCUGUAAUUUAUGGUUGAGCUGUUAAAGGGUGUGACAUUAUGAAUCGUGUAUUGUUAUCCUGCAUGGCUACCAUGCAAUCUUUUUUUUUUUUUUUUUUUUUUUUUUUUAAUGUAUGUGAUAUUUUUUAAGCAGAUGCUUUGUGUAUUAGCAAAAUGAAUUGUCACUGCCUGUGAUUAUUUUGGAUUACAUUUCAAAUCACAUCAAAAUUUGUUCAUCAUGCACACAGAUGCAGUGUCCAUAAGCGUCUCUGAAAUCAUGACGUCUAAUUCUCAACAUAAAAAAAGAAAUAUACAGUGAUAAAAUGCCUGUUGCAGAUCUAAAUACCGGCAUCAUAAAACUGUUAAACCUGAUAUAUUGUGGGGGAUACGUGGAUAUUUAAAUAAUUCAAACCGAGACUCGUUGAGCUUUUUGAAGUACAUUUCUUGCAAUACAGCAAUUGUUUGUUAUUUUUGAAUGUGUGCUCUUCUCUGAUGUAAUGUGAACUUCAGUUUAUAUGUGAAGGAUCUGUUUUCUACACUUUUCUUUUUUAAAACACUCUUCCAACAGAACUUAAUGCUUCUUAACUCAUGAAGUGGCCUUAACUGAGGUUCAGUACUUAAACUUAACUAGAUUUUUUUUUUUUUUUUUUUUUUUUAAAUAUCUGAAGUUAUAAUUUUUUUGGGUAAUACAUGCAAAAACUAAAAUAAUCUACAGACUUUAUUUUCUUCUAAACAGUGUUUCUUAGGUACUGUUUAGGCAGUAGGGAACUUUUUUAGAUUGGGUGGUUUUUACAAAUACUAAUUAAAUUUUGAAACCUGAAUGAAAAAAUAAAAAAAAAAAAUCACAAAA